UUAUGACAAAUUAAAGUAUUUGGCGUGAAGUCAUCAAAUUUGGUGACUAGCCGUUAAAAUAAUCAUGUGUAAUAUUGGUUCGAAUAGUUAAACUAAUUUUAGAGUUGGCCAACAAAACAAACCUGUUUUUCAUGUUAUAUUAAUCCCAAUUCAUUCAUUCAAUUACCAAUUCAAAUUCCUCACUCAAAUCAAAAUUCUCUCGUUAUAUAUAAUUAAAUAUUUAAUUAAAAAAAAAAUGGGUGUGAAAACUGCAGUACUCAUCAUCUUAGUGAUGAGUGUGUUGUUGAGUAACAGAGCCAGAGCUCAAACAGGGUGCACAAUGGCGAUGGUGAGCCUCUCACCGUGCCUUAACUACGUCACCGGAAAUUCAACCGCCCCAUCAACGUCGUGCUGCACCCGCCUCUCAACCCUGGUCGACUCGCAGCCGCAGUGUCUCUGCGCCCUUCUCAAAGGCGGCGGCGCAUCCUCUCUCGGCAUCGCCAUUAAUCAAACCCUAGCCCUCGCUUUGCCCGCCGCUUGCAACGUUCAAACCCCUCCAGUCAGCCAGUGUAACGCUGUGAAUGGACCGGCAAAUUCCGGCCCCGCCCCGACUUUGCCGCCUUCCGAUGACGGUACUCUUGAAGAUCCACCAUCAGACUCCGAUUUUCCAUCAGGGGCAGGGUCUAAAACCGAUGAUGGUUUCUCUGUUGGAGGAAGCAAUAACGGAGCCAAAUCAAGUUAUGUUGGUGUAUUUCUCUUGUUAGCCUCGUCGUUGGCAUUUUCGGGAACCGGAUUUUAAGAAUUUGUUGCAGCAUUCAUUCGAUUGUCACGAACUUCAAUUACUUAUUUAAAAUUCUUUCUAUCACUAUUCACUACGAACCGUGUAACUGAUUUAUGUUUGUGUCUUCGGUGUAGUAUUUGUUAUAUUAGUGUGGUUUCGUUGUAGUAGACCAUACAUUGUUUGUACCAUACAUAUAGUUCAAGAAACACGGAUUUAUAAAGC